AUGGAUUCAGAAUUGACAAAUCCGGUGAUGGAGAACAGCGGGGGAUCUUCCAAAAGCUCUCUAAAUCCAUCAAACUUCUCGUCAACGUCAUCAGAAUCCAACAGAUCUGAGAAGCAGUCAGAGCCGCGCAAGCCAUUCUCUAUGUGGUCUGUGACAAGUCUUCUGGAGAAUCCACCAUCGUCGUCCUCUUUUCCGUUUAUGAUGCCUCUUCACACCGUUCCAGUCGGCGUCUUCUUGAAGGCUAAUACUAUUCUCAAGAAUGCAACAUCAAAAUUUCACCCAUUCCACCGUGCCUACAAUUUCGAUCAGUCUUUUUCUCUUAGUCCAGCAGCAGCACCACCACCAGGAAUCCCAACGCUUCGAAAAGUUUCUAAACUCAGCCGAAUGCUGAACCCAAGAUUUUACUCGACGACCCAAACUGAGAUAUUGGAGGCCAAAUACAAUGUGUCACGAGCAAGGAUAGGAGCGAUAUGGAAAAGAACACCAGGCUGA